ACCGUGCGGGGAGCAGCGCCCGCUGCUCGGGAGAACCUCCAGCUCUGGGUCCCCAGGGCAGCGCUACCCCCGCACCCCGAGCUGGGAUAGACUCGAGAAGCGGAGUUCCUUGGGGAUGGCUUGUAAUAAAAACUAACGAGUUUGCAAAGUGAAUAGUGGUCCUGCCAGCAAUUCUUUGGGAGACAGCAGAAGAGCUUAAUCAGGAAGUCUAACAGGCAAAGGCUUUGAAUACUCCAAAUUACCUGGGCGUCGUUAAAACAUUUUCAGAAUGACUUCCUUGGCUGACAUGCCCCCGAAUUAUGAAACGAUGUUUGCUCAUCGAUUCACAUCAGAAGAUAAAGAAUACCAAGAAUACCUGAAACGCCCUGCAGAUCCCCCUCCUAUAGUAGAAGAAUGGAGAAACAGAUCUGGUGGCAACCAGAGAAACAGAGAUCGGUUUCAAGAUGGCAGAUAUUUUAGAGGGGACAGAUACAACUGGCAAGGUGACUAUAGAUCUAAUCAGAGGCCAGAAAGAGGUUGGGGCAAUAACUACCAGCAGCACAGACAAGGACAAUACGGCCCAUCCCACUACGGACAAUACGGCUACAACUCCUACAACCCGGGGCCUCGUUACCAUCCCUACUGAUGUACUUGGGGAUUGAAAGUCCAGUAAUGCUAUGUAAUAAAUUCAGUUAGCUUUCAUUUUUUUUAUUUUUCCACAGUUUUAUAGAUAACUGAAGAAUCAGUCCGUUGCUGUUUCUCUGUAGCGUGAAGUGAAAAAGGGAAUUCCUGUUCUGAAUAAUAAAAGCGUAUUAUACAGAGUUUGUUUAGAAUCUGUAGAUUUUAGAUUAAACUUCUAUCUCAUUCUUUUGUCUGAAUAUGUACUAGUACACGCCUUUUCUUCCAUCACUGAGAUU